AUGGUUCGUGUGGGUCUUCCAAAGAAGAACCCUAAAGUUUUGAAACCCGCUUUCACCAUUCCUCCCAAACUGUUACAAUCCCUUGUAGAAGACCCUAAAUGGGAUGAAAAAGGCAGCGUCACACAAAACUACAAUUCCUUCGGCGUCGUCAAUGACCCUAACUCCCUCACCGAUUCUCUUCGAGCUCCUCCUUCUGUCUCCGAUGACCCCAACGAUUCUGGCAGUGACCUCGAAGAAGACGGACAACCUCAUGAGGUGGCGGAAUCGAGUGGUAUCGUAGCUAUAUGGCUUAUACCUUUGCAUUUCAGUUUUGCGUUUCAGUUUCCUCUUCAGAGGUUUCUACAGUGCCAGCUGAAAACAGGUGUGAUUGCAUGGGUUUCUCUUUUGGGUUUAGUGGUGAAUGUUGUAUUGAGUUGGUUGUUGGUUUAUGUUUGGGAUUUUGGGCUUAUUGGUGCUGCAAUAGCUUUGGAUGUUUCAUGGUGGGUAUUGGUAAUUGGGAUGUUUGGGUACACAGUUUGUGGGGGUUGUCCUUUGACUUGGAAUGGUUUUUCAAUGGAAGCAUUUUCUGGCCUUUGGGAAUUCUUCAAACUGUCAUUAGCUUCAGGGGUGAUGCUUUGUUUAGAGAAUUGGUAUUACAGGAUACUGCUGCUUAUGACAGGUCAGUUGGAAAAUGCAACAGUUGCUGUUGAUGCAUUGUUUGUAUGUAUGACUAUCAAUGGAUGGGAAAUGAUGAUUCCAUUUGCCUUCUUUGCCGGUACCGGGGUGCGAGUGGCGAACGAACUUGGAGCAGGAAAAUGGAAGUCAGCAAAAUUCGCAAUGCAAGUAUCACUCGUACAAUCAACAGUGAUUGGAUUAAUAUUUUGUAUUCUUAUAGUGAUAUUCAAAAGAGAGUUUGCAUAUAUUUUCACCUCGAGCACUCAUGUUCUUCAAACUGUUAAUGAUAUGUCAAUUCUCUUGGGAGUCAGCAUUGUUCUCAAUAGUGUUCAACCCGUUCUAUCAGGUGUAGCUGUUGGUUCGGGAUGGCAACGUCUUUAUAUUAGUCGGCUAGUUGAGAAAUAUGGAGCUGAUUUUCAGAGAAUGAUGAUGGAUAUAAAGCUAAAUCCUAUGCAGCAUUCUGUUGGAACUUUAGAGAAAUUGUGUAUGAGCUAUUACAUUUACAAGAACAAGAAUCCUCUUAUUGUUGGAAGAUGA